GGGUCCAGGGACACGUCAAGAGGGCCCCGAACACCCCGACUGCCUCGAUCGACGCGCUCCGGGGGCUCUUCGACCGCAGGGACGCCUUCACGGAGCAGCUGAAACCGCGCCUGGCCGCCAUAUGCAUGAAGAUUGUGGACCAGGCGUCGGCUCGCAAGCAGAAGAAGAUCGACCAACAGCGGAGGGAAGAGGCCAAACGCAAGCAGAUCGCAGAUGAGAUGUCCAGCAAGCCACAUCCAGAGCUCCUGAAUCACGCGAUCGACUCGCGGACCCAU